CACCACGACGGCCCGGCCGGGGGGGGGCGGGCCCAGGUGAUGGCGGAAGCGGAGGCCAAGAUGAAGCAGUUCAAUGGCGGCGGCGGGGCCGGGCUGGACGCGGAGCGCGGCCGCUUCCCGUACUGCGUGGUGUGGACGCCCAUCCCCGUGCUGACGUGGCUCUUCCCCAUCAUUGGCCAUAUGGGUAUCUGCACGUCGACAGGAGUCAUUCGGGACUUCGCAGGGCCGUAUUUUGUCUCAGAAGACAACAUGGCGUUUGGGAAGCCAGUGAAGUACUGGAAGCUGGAUCCUGGCAAAGUGUACUCCAGCAGCCCCAACGCAUGGGACACAGCUGUGCACGACGCCUCGGAGGAGUACAAACACCGAAUGCACAACCUUUGCUGUGAUAACUGCCAUUCUCACGUGGCUCUGGCCUUAAACUUGAUGAGAUACGACAACAGCACCUCCUGGAACAUGGUCAAACUCUGCUUCUUCUCACUCCUCUAUGGGAAGUACGUAAGCAUAGGGGGAUUUGUGAAGACCUGGCUUCCCUUUGUCCUCUUCUUGGGGGCGAUCCUGACGGUCGUUCUGACGCUUCACCUGCGGUGAUAACAGCUGUGAGCUCCUCACCCCGUGGGCACACGAAGGAGGGAACUGUGACUGCUUGACUCAGUGAGACAGGCACAGCAUUCCGGGAGGCAUACUCUGGGAAGGCUGCAAUUCCACUCCACUGUAACAGCUCAUCCUUGUUUCCUGGAACUGCCUUCUUACCCUUCUGUUUCUGUUCUGUCGCUGCUGUGUCUCAGUGCCGGGCUCCCGAAGCCUCCUGACUUCUCCCUGAAUUUGUUCCCUCUGCAAUUUGGCAGUUGGGAAUAGAGAGGUGUGGGCACCUUUGCUUUCAGCACAGGCAGAGCCUCAAGGCAAACCCCGCCUGCUGGUUCAGGAACACCAGUAGUUACACCUCCUGGGGUUCUCUCCCAUCACCUCUUCCUUCCUCCUGCCACACUUCAUCAGAUGUUCCUUAGAUUUCCAGCUCCCAAGGAGGGGUUGUGUCCUUCUUGCACGACUCUCUUGUAGCACACGUUUUGGAGUGGAGGUUUGGGGCUCCUCCUGGGGUUGUACAUUGCCAAGCACAUGCUGACAGUCCCCAGCAGUGACAGCAAGGUGUUGGUGGCUCAGCACUCCUCUGAGGAGAAACACAGAGAAUCGCUCUGUGGCAGAGCAGAUCCAUCUGGUCCUGCUGGUGAGCCCAGAAAAGCAGGAAAGUGGAUGGACUGGCUUGGGCACAGCUCAUAGCAGUCUGCACGCUUUCAGCAGCACGUUGCAGAGCUGGGAGUCUGCUGCCAAAUCCCUUUUAGCUUCUGCCAGAGAAAAUACAGCUUCCCUGCUUCUCCCGGUGCUCUGAGUGCCUGAAGUUGUCAUUGCACUUCUCACGAGCUCCUUAACUUUCCUUUGAGCCUCCAUGCUUUGCAUGUCACAGAAUUCCUGCCUGCAGAGGUGGCAGUGGGUGGGUGCUGCUGGGACAGAAGGCUUCGUGUAGGGCUGUGGUAGCAUCCGUGCCUCCAGAGCAGCACCUGAGCUUUGUGGGGCUGAUGGAGGUUUAAGGAGAGACAGAGGGCCUGGAAGGCAGACGUGCUCUUCUGGGGCUUUGCAGCAGCAAGCAAGGCACUGGUUUUCCUCUGUCCAACGUGGAGAACAGGAGGUGUGGUGUAUUUUGCACAGCUCACUUGGGGUAAAAGGGCUUUACAGGACUGGCUUGGGUGUGAGGAAUGCUGUUCUCACAGUGCUGGGAUCUGAUGGCCCUCCUGUGCCCUGGGUCAGGCAGGAUGGGUGCUGGGGAAUAGGAGUGCUGAGCAGGAGGUGGGUUUGGAUGUGGGGUCUCUGAGGUGCUGGGCUGCAGGUGCUGCUUUCUGUGGGGUUGCUUUCUGUAAAAGUGUCACUGGAGGUGAUGUGCCAUUGGCAGAUCCUUUCUGAUGGCUGAGGGAGGGUUAGCUUUUCCACAUGUGUCCUGAUAGGCCAGCUGUGUACUCCACUGCCUGCUGCAUUUCAGUCUCAAGGAGUGCUUGUGGCCAGGAGGGAGCUCUUUUGUCUGCACACCAUCCCUGUGGCUUCCUCUGAUGUGAAAGCCCCUUCCAGGUCCCUGCUGGCUCCCUCUGUGCUUCCCCUCUGCUUCCACCUCUGCACUCCCCAGCUGCACAGGGACUCCCCUUGGGUGUCUAUUUCUGUAUUUCCUCCUCUCCUAUGGUCCUGUUUCAGUGUCUCCUCACACCCCUCCCUUCUCCAUGCCCCCCAGCUGUCUGUAUCACCUCAUGCUGGGGGUGUGCAGACCUCAGUGCCCACCCCCACAUCCCCACACCCGGAGGUGUUGCUGUCUCUGUGCUCUGUCACCUCCUGCCCAGUGCAGAGCAGGCUGCAGGGCCGAGAUCUCCAUCAGAGAGAACCUGACAAGGGAAACGUGGAGCCUUGCUGAGCUGCCCUGCCUGGCUGUGAGCUGAUGUGCCCCAGGUGGAUGGGAGAAAUGAGCCCCAACGUGCCCCAAUUCUGAAUGGAAGUCUGAGACCCUCCAAGGAUGUGCCAGGAGCCGUGGGGCUGAAACCAACCAACCCAUCUUAUCAGUAGCAAUAACCUAGAGACUCAUAGGGCUGUGUCCCCAUGUGUUAGAGAUAAGCUGUAUGAGCAUUGCCAAAGCUGAGGCUUGGAGCUGCUGGGGGAGGCUGGGGUCCCCACUCUGGGAUCCCUGACAAUGUCCAGUGCCAUUCCCAGUGCUUUUGUACCAAAUCUGAGUUUUGAACAGAGACUCUUCCCCUGCAGCAGCAGCAGAGCCCUGCCUUCUGUUGGGCUGAAAUGAAGCAGAGGUCCCACAGAGCUGCCCCAGCCCUCACCGAGCACACAGAGCCAUCUUUGCCAUGGAAGAGAAGGGACAGAACACAGCCUGCAAGCCGGGAUGUGGGCACGGUGCUGGACUCUCACUUUUAUUGCUUUAGCACAUUGCUGGUGUGACAUAAAGCCAUGUGAGUGCAGGCAGACCCACUGCUGUGUCCCCAAGGCUGGGAGAUGACAGAGGGGCGAGCAGACAAGGGCUGUGCAUCCUUCAGCAUCCCCCCUGCCUGCUCCUUCACUGUGCCCCCAGCCCUCAGCCACAAAGGUUGGCUCUGUCCCUUUCCUUACAGUUUUACCCUCCCCUCCUUUCCCCCCACUGCAGAGCUGCGUGGCUUUGCUGCUGCUCUUUGGCGGGGGCCAUCCCUCCAUCUCCCCUUCCUUUGUUCCCUUGAUCUCUGUGGGGCGCUGGAUUACUUUGUAAAUAUUUCAACUCUGCUUCUGUGGUUUCAUAAUCCUGAUGGUAGGGGAAAUAAACUUCUGUGGAUGUCUCCA